GCGCCAACUUGCGUCUAUACCCAGAAAACGGCGGGUGGAAAUUGUUCUCAUGCCCAGGACCCGAGGUGGACCCAGGGGGGCCAUGCUAAUCUUCUCUGUAUCGUUCCAAUUUUAACAGAUGUCCCCGUUGUCUCGCCCUCCCACUUUCCCCCUUCUCGUCCUCCUCUUUAUGAGAGAAGGUUGAGGCACUGACUCACGUCAAGAGGAUAUGUUCUGUUUUUUUUUUUUCGUGUCCCUGCAGCUUGUGCUGCCCAGUUGACAUUGUCAAAGAAGGGAGGAGAAGAGGAGGAAAAGGGCUGAAUAGAGGAGAGCCCUUGAGCUCUCCGCAGUAUUUGCACUUUGGAAUACAGUACAAUGCGAUUUGGCCAUUCCAGCCAAUCUGCUAUAGGAAGGAAUUGCAAGCAUCUAAGACAGCAUGUUGUUUGGGAAAAGGCACCCAUUUGGAAGUCCCUGGUGCCAAAGUCACUGGUCCCAAAGCCAGUGUGCGAAAGGGCAAGAUCGAGAUUGGGAGAAGAGCCCGUGCUGCAUCGACUGUGUGUUGUCCGCAAAGUACUCACAGCGAGGGCGGCGAAGGGGGCUAGAGUGUCUGUGCCGGAUGGCGCAAUCUCUAGCACUGUAGGGGAGAGCAUCAGCGACAGCAGAUAUGUCCGCCCAUUCGCAAGAACUGCGACAUGUUUGCUGACCCACAGCGGCAGAUGCGCUACCUCUGUCGGUAAGGAGGAAAACGUGGAGAUCUGUGUCGGACUGACAAGGAAUGAUACUGGCGUCAGACCGGCGAGCAAGGAGAUUGGUCUCCGGCAGGCAAGCAAGGACCUUGGGGGUGGAAUGGCUAUGGCUACUUCUGCCAUAUCCCGGGGGAUUAAUUUGCUGUGCCCGUCCACGGCGAGUGCUUCUCGUCAUGUUGAUGCAGUUGCUAUGCGGAACAGAUGGCCGGACGGCGCUCAAAUUCAGCUUCACUCUUCUCCCCUGUCCUUCGCCAACUCGUCACGCCCUCUUCACUACCGUCCUACCUCGUCGGCGUUGAGCUGGAGCUUGCCUGCAGCCACUCUUGAAAGGGAAAUGGACUCUUAUUGCCUGCAUGGUCUGCCUGAAGGUUUGCCAAGAAAACGUUGCGGCGGCCCCAUAUGCGGUGCGGCAGGKUCAGCAUCGUCCUCCUCCUCCUUUUACACAGAUGCUGCCGGAGGUGCAGUUAGAGAAUUAGCGAAAAGGGACGUGGUCCUGCCAAAGAGGGACAGCCUUGGACCUGGUCUGGACCCCGACAUGAAACCGGAAGAGCUGGAGGACUCGGAAGGAGGCGGAAUCGGUGACAUCCCAAUGGUUUGGGGUCGGGUGCACUCUAUCGAAUCGUUCUCAGCGAUAGAUGGCCCUGGAAUCAGAUCGGUCAUGUUCUUGCAGGGAUGUUGGCGGCGCUGUUUGUUUUGUUCAAAUCCUGAUACAUGGAGUCCUACGACGAAGGAGACGAAGCGAAUGUCCAGCAAAGACAUUGCCAAGCUCCUGGAAAGGAAUCUGCCAUACUACUCUGGAGGUGGAGGGGUUACGCUUUCUGGUGGUGAGCCACUUCUGCAGCCAGAUUUCUGUGCAGCUAUUUUUAGGGAGGCACAUGCCCUUGGAAUCAGCACUGCCCUUGACACUGCAGGUUAUGGUCGACCGGAAGAAUGGGCCAAAGUGCUCCCAUACACGAAUGUGGUGCUGCUUUGUCUCAAGGCUAUGGAUAAGGCAGUUUACCAUAAGCUGGUGGGUUUAUCGAAUACAGUCGUGAUGAAGUUUGUUGAAGCCAUCCAGAAGUACAAGGUCCAGCUGGUAAUCCGCUUUGUAGUGCUGCCGGGCUAUACUGACACGGAACAAGAAAUUGAGGGACUCAUAGCAUUUGCAAAGACCCAGCCUACCCUUAUUGGAGUUGAGAUUCUACCGUACCAUACUCUGGGUGUAAAUAAGUGGGAAGAACUUGGCAUGAAUUAUCCCCUGAAAGGUGUUUCGCCACCAAGCAAGGAAUUCAUGAUGGAAGUGAAACAGCGGAUCGAGAACGAAGGAAUCAAGACGUUAAUGUAAAAAGAAGCUGGGCUUCUGUUUGCGGAUCGAAGUGGAGUGUUGAUGCGAAAAACAGCUGGGCUAUUACUCGCAGAUGAAGAGUGCAUGGAGGAGUCGAGACGCUGACGCGGCAAAAGCAGCCGGGAUAUUGCUCCCGUGGAGGUCGCCAUCAAAGGAGACAGAGUUGGUCUGGAAUCUGGGAAUCGGUCAAGGAAGCGUUGAUUCAUCCAUCAUAAAGCUGAACCAGAAAGGUGCGUAUCAUACUUGCAACCGCACGAGCUGCACGGCUGUGCGGUGCCGUGAGCCUCGUGAUGCACGGGACCUGCCCGUGCACUGCACCAGCAACAAUCUGUUUUUUUUUUUUUUUUUUUUUUUUUUUUGGGCACCUGUCUUAUAUGCAGAAGGGUGUACUAGCUAAGGAAGAGAUCCUGUGGAGCAUCAGAAAUAGCCUAGGCUCAGAAAUAGCGUGAGUCGGUCUCUGGCACAUCAGUCUUGACCGUUAGGUGGCGACAUUACUCGCCCGGCUUGUUUUUUUGUUUUUUUGUUUUUUUUUUCAUGCUCGUGCGUCAUACGUGCCCGUGCGCCGCACUGAUCCUGUGUGCCCGUGCCCUGCACGUGCGCAAUUGCCCGCACGGCGUGCGCUUGCAUGUAUGGUGCUUAUGUCUUGCAAGCAAGAUAUUGAAGAGAGGCUAAGCAAGGAAAGAGUUUAUAACUAUAUGUCUGGCAAGCAAGGCAUUGAAGAGGGGCAGUCUCUUCACAAACACGAAGGGACCGAUUGCGUCUGGUGCGUGCAGAUUUUAUAUUCACCCCCUUUCACUUUUCCACACCUUUUUUAAUCUUCUCCUUCCUUAUCUGACAAUCUGAACCAAUUCCUCUGAGGCAAGGUAUGACCUUCUCCUCUCUUUUCGGUAAGAAGGGGCUCCAUAUUUCAUUCUCUCAUCUCUUCAAUGGAUCUGAUCAUUUUUUUCUGAUGAUAUAGCAUCGGUCCUUAUCACCGUGACCUAUUGUGGAGCUGGAGUGUUGAAAGUAGAAUGCAAGCACUUUGAGUGCUGCAUUGGUCACCACUAACGACGAGAUUUUGCAGCGUUACAAGUGGGCAACUCGUCAACAUUCCCCAUCUUGGAGCCUCUUCCGUGCACGAGAUUCUCGGAGCCAUUUCCGUGCACGGGAUUCUUGGGGCCUCUUCCGUGCACGAGAUGAGUGAACAGUUUGCAGGCAUGUGAACAAAAGGUUCAAACGGUACCUGUUAGUAUAUGAUCCUACGUACUACAUUGUGAUUUCAUCAGGGGCUGGACGAGGCUCCAAUGACACUCCUCUGGAGCGGAGAUCAGGAGAUGGUGAUAAAAAAUCGAGGAGUAGGGUGAUACGGUUUCAGGAGGUUUUGAGAAGAGAGCAAUUCAGGACGUUUGUUUGCCAGCGGCCCUACUGUCGUGAGAUUGCGUUGUCAAGCCCAUGGAAUCAUGGAUGUAUUGAGCUAUGGUGCAUGUUGAUGAGAACAGUGUUGCUGGGGGUGUGGUGAUUAGCAGAGGGAGAGUCCCCUUCCUUCCAAUUCAUCGGGGAGUCGCUCUGUUGUCUGCACGUGACUGUGUCACGGGCGUGGAAGCGACGGGGUCGCAAUGCAUGGUCAUGACAACACUAUUGGUAGUGACUGGUGAUUCUUACGGGCUGGUUGGUGACUGACCCCCUUGGAAGAGUGUAGACAAGAUUCACUUGGGUGGUGGUUCUUCACGUGCAAUCAGCGACUUUACUCGCCUUCUUCGUCGAUGGGAAACACGUCUGUGGUCAGCGAACAUCCUCGUCUUCUUCACAAAUUAAAACAUGGAUGUUUACAAAUGGGGAUGGUGAAGAUGUGAGAAAGGGAAUACAGUGGAGGGACUUCGCAGGUUCACACCACUUGACGGCGAGUGAAGCAGGGGAGCAUGUAGCCAGCCAAGCCAGCGAAGUGGACACUGCAAUGUUUUUAUUGUUGUUUAAUCUAAUUGUUGUUGAUUAUGUGAUUGUUGUUGUAAUCUCAGUUGUUGCCACAGGCGGUGAUUUGUUAGUCUUGAAACUGUGGAGCUUUCACAAAUCAGGUGUACAGUCAGGGUUCAUUCAAUCCAUGCUUGGGGAUGGGCCAAGAGGAGGCUUGUUGCCUGCCUUUUCUUUUCGUAGUUGUCGUGUUGUGUGUGUGGUGUGUGGUGUGUGGUUAAUCUUGGAGGUGCGGAGCUUUCAUACGUCGAGAGCACAUUUGUUUUCUGGCUCUGUACAAAAUUGGCAGUGGUUUGGGGGGGGGGGGGAGGACGGGGUCGGAGUGAAUGCGAAUCGAAUGUGAAUAUGCGUCUCCACGGCGGAAGAGCAAUUAUAGAAAAGCUAGAGCAGACAGUAUCAGCCAGUGUGUCACGAAGAUGCCAGAAUGCCUGUGAAGAGCACAAGAGUUGACGAGCAAGUUUUACGGAGUGCCUUUUGGAGACGGCUUCAUGUUCAUGCUGUGCAAGCUUUUCUAUUACGGCAAGAGAACUACCAUCCGUUCAGCUAAUGCUCUCCUUGGCAAUCAGUGGCGCGGGUCUUUGUCUCUUUCUUUUGCGAAUGCGGACAAAGGGAGGCUAUCACUGUAGAGAUGCACAUCAAUUCGUGACUGAGGUCUUCGUCCCUUUCUUUCGUGAGUAGGAUCGUGGGAGGAUACCACUCUAAAGAAGCAGGUCAUGUCCUCUGAUGCGGAGCUGGAUCGAGUUCACUUCGGAUUCAACCAGCUUGAUUUUUUUGGCUCGAUCUCUAAAUGAAUAGGGCAACAAAAAGGUGGCGGUUCGCGUCGUGUUCCCUAUUUCUUUUCCAGUUUGGCUUCGGGUUGUGAUCUUCAGCACGCAUUGUGUUGCAGCCCGUCAUACAUCGGCUUGCUGCUUUGGGAAGACAAGCUGGAAAGGGUGGACGAGCAAAGGAGGUUAUCCAUUUGCGGGUGGUUUUUCCGAUUUUUGGGAACUACAGGUGGAAUCCAUUUGCAGCUGUGUUCAUAGAGGGAAGGACUCCAUACCACCCGAAUGCAUGAAGGAGAGUUCUGUGAUGCGAAGGCAUUCGUUUCCUCUGGGACACGGUGGGAAGCUUAAGAGACGCAGCUAUGUUCAUGGGUGAGUGGGUUCUCUUGGAUCGCUCGCCCUUCGUUAGGAGAGAGUUUUGACAGUUGAACUGGUUUUUCUUACUGAAAUGGUGUGUUGUUUUUUUCUGAUGUUACAGUUCGUGAACAAUUUUUGUUUUCCUUUCACUUUUACGUGUUAACUUUUAUUUUUAACUUUUUAACUGAGUUGGAAGUUGUGGACUGGAUAGUUUCAUUGAAAAACAGACAAGGAUAGAUAAGGAGAAGGAGGUGAAAAUGGGAUAUGAAGAAUGAAGUAUGGCCUCCCCAUGUCGGGCACACCAUUGCUAACAUGCCGUGCUGGCUGGUAAGGAUUUCUGAACGAGUCCACGAAAUGGGUUCUAUGCAAAGAAUUCAUCUUUUUUCAAAUAGGUGUCCAAUCCUGAGGUGACAGGUUGCAGUUUUUUUUUUCUUUUUCUGUAAGUGAACCUGUUGGCCACUGUCCAGUUUCCGCAGCAUUAUGUUGCGCAUCUUCUUAUCAAUCAACCAACAUGUGCGCG